AUGGCCGGAUUAGUUCAAAAGCUUUUCGAGGGCAGAAACAAGCGUUCAAGGCCGGACUCCGCCUCGGAUCGUGGCCAGCCCCUUUCUCAGAGACAGCGACUAUACACCCCUUCCCCGGCAGCUUCGACCACUUCCUUUCGACCGCCACAACCCGCCCUCGCGCCCUCGUAUCGAUGCCAGACCCCUCUGCCCACGAAGCCACCCCGGACCGAGAAUCUCAAUCACAUGAUAAAAGAGCUACAAACGUUGCUUGAGACGGAGGAAGUCACGAUGAGCGUCGUGCAGAGUCUGGUGGAUCUCUACCAGAGCCAACUCUCAUCGAUACCACUUCUCAGAGAACUCCUCCAGCUCCAAGGACCUUCCCAACAUGGCCCCCAGGGGAUGGAAGAGAUCCUGAAGACUAUUCGAAAAGAGUUGAAGCCUAUCGAAACGCGUGCCAUGCGCGAGCCGCCCACGGUCAGGCUCAAGAUGAAGGGACAUCCGGAGUACCUCGAGGCAGCAACCGCCCUGCAGCCAAGCCAAAUCAUGGAGAUUGUGUCUAGAAUACAAACACGCGAACGCAAGUCGAAAGGGAGCGCACAGCAACAGAUCAGAGGGACCAUUAACAACGCUCCGGAUGACGGGGUCCAUGGUCAUGGACAGUCGUGCUGGGAUGCAGUUUUGGGUGCUCGCAUCGAUCGAAACGUGCUCAAAAUCUUCUGCAAGGACGACAAAGCUGUGCAGGAUAUUUACAGCCGUUCAAACAUUGUCUGCCAAGAACUCAAACUUGGCGAACUCGAACAAGUCCCUGAAAACUACUACGUCGAAAUUCACGGACUAAGACUGUCGAGAGCCGAAUUCGAGCAAAAUCAUAAUCGGAAUGAAGCUUGGGGGAAAGAAAACUCGGUCAAGAUUGUCCACAGCGCGAGGACUUUUGGAAGGACUGUGUUGACUCUGACUGAUGAGAAGGGUGCUCUCCGUCUGUGCAAUGAGUGGGUUUACUUGAGCGGAUCAAAGGUUACGGCUGAAGCUGUUGACAUCCGCUCGGUGCCACUUUUCUGCCAAAGGUGUCCCAACUGCAAGAAUGAGGGCGUCAGGGAUCUUAAGGAUCAAGGCCAUGCCGCCUGGUCCCCGGAGUGCCAAUCUGUCGCAACGCAGCGAAUGUUUGACAAUUGCAAGCAACUCGCAAGUGUCAAAGUUCCUUGGGCCUCACCCUCGGCUCAACGUCAGACUACGUGUGAGACCUGCCAGACCACAGCUCCCCCGAAAACACGAAGGAAUAGGAAAAUUCAGUCAAGAAGGGCUGCUGGGGAGAAAGUUUCGACGCAAUGCGUUGAUGACGAUAACAUGGAGUCGAGCAGUCAAGGCGAGCCUCAUCCGACUGGGGCAUCAUCAGCGCUGUCGUCUGUCGGCGGUUUGAAUCGUGGCGAUGGUCAGCAAGUCAUAGAUGUGCCGGUGGUUAAGGAUGGGACCGAAGUUGAGGCGAGGGGCAACGAAGCCAUGCAGACGCCUAGAGCCUCCUCAGGCCGUUCCCCUCUGGGACCUGAGAUUAAAGUUCCCAAUGCCUUCGAAAGAAUGAAGUCUAGUUUUAGUGGCGUUGCAACUUCAUCUAAGCAGUUAGUGCAGGCAAGUGUGAGCAGAGCGGGACACGAGAUGGACGAGCCGGUGAAGAGAGGUCGUGGUAGGCCAUCAGGGGUCAAAAACUCCGCGCCUAAGCCUACCGCCGUCUUCGACGCCAUGGGCGGUGCAACUAAAAGCGCUCGAAACGUUCCAGUGUCUCUGCGGCAGCCAGAACCGAUGCAGUUGGAGCCUGUGAAGAAGCCGCAGUCGUGUCUGACCGAUUCCGGAGAUGCGCCCGGGAAGCAGCCGCAGAUAUUUGGUCUGACUUUCCCUGCGGGGUUGCCGGCAAGGUUUGCGUCGGUAGAGGACAAGUUUCCGCCAAGCGACUGA